CUUCUCUGGGAUUUGAAGAGCCAGGAGCAGCGCUGGAGUCUGACAGGGCUGUUGGCUUCUGGGGGAUGGCCAGGCACCUCUUGCUCCCUCUCUGGGCGCGUGUCACCCACCCAGAGCUUGUGGGAAACGCUGUGAGCUCCUGACCCCCACCCAGGCUCUGCACCCCUCACCCUGAGCGGGCUCUGGGGAGAAACCCCAGCUGGGGGUCACGAGCUGUGGAACAAAUGAACUUCCAAGAGGGGUUGCAAUAGCUCCAAAGGUUUAUUUGUCUGCUGCCAUUUAUCAGGGCAGAAAGAGAAAGCAAAGAGAAAGCCCCAGCGAGAGGAGCCUCGUGGCCAGUGGCUGCUGGAUGGAAAAGCCACGGCCAACCCUUCCCCAUGUCCUGGUAGCCCUGUGCUUCCCUGAAGAUGAAGUUUGGCAUCAUUCACAUCAUUCACCUCCAGGAACAGCCCCCGGAGUGUUCAGUCCCUGGGUAUCACAUCCAUGGACCUUCAUUCAAUCCCCCUCGAGGGGCUUCUCCAGCAGCCUGGACCAGCUUCAGCUUGAUCACAGCUCUGAGAUCCUGGGACCUUUUGGGUGAUUCACUGACAGGAGAGUUGCUGCCCAGACCACACCGUGCUGAGAUCCCGGCCUCUGAGCACAUGGAUCUUGGAAUUGUUGCAGAGAAUGAGAAGGUGCAGCUGCAGGAUGGGAACGACGGGAUGUACCAGCUUGGAGACCCCCAGGAAGGCAUGGGGAAGCUGGCUAACUCCAAGACAGAUUUCCCAGCCAGGGUGCUCUUCAGUGAAGAGGAAAAACUGAAGAUUUCCAAGGACCUCGUCGAUCUCCAGAUAGAGACCAACAAAAUGAAGGAGCAGUACGAGACAGAGAACUUUGAACUGAAAAAUAUGAUCCUGGCCCUGGAGAACCGUGUGCGGGAGCUGGAGCUGUGCAGUGAGAAGGUGACGGGGGAGCGAGAUUCCCUGCGGGAACACCUGCAAGCCCUGGAGAGCGCUCGGAAGGAGCUGGCACAGGAGUACAUCAUUCUGAAAAGCAACUACCUGGCCCUUGGGAAAGAGCUGGACCAGGAGGUCAGGAGGAAUGAAGAGCUCACCCAAGAGCUCCUCAACCUGGCCAAAGGCAGGAACACCCUUCCUGGCACAGAGAGCACCCCCCCGCCUGCCAUGGCCCAACAAUCCUCUGCGGAGCUGGAAAGGGUGAGGGGGAAGCCUGAAGAUGCAGUUGCCUCUGGACACGAGCGGCAGGAGCUGGAGAGAAACUUGCUUGGAAACCAGGAUCACAUAAAAGUGGAGCUUGAAAAACUGAAGAAAACCCACGACUGGCAGCAGCAGAAGCUGGAGGAGCGAGUGCUGGGGCUGGGGAAGGAGCUGCAGGAGGCAAAGGGAGCGAUUGGGGACACGCAGCGCAGGCUGGUGGAGCAGUCAGCGGUGCUGCUCACGUCCCAGAGCCAGCUGCAGGAGGUGGAGGCAGAGAACUCCCAGCUGCAACUCCGGCUGAAGGAGCUGAACGAGGAAUAUCGCUCCCGGCUGGCGCGGUACAUCCGGGACGUGGCGAACUACAUGGACAGCAAAUCCAGCCACGUGACAAGACACAGCAAAGCCCCAGCUGAUCAUGCUGCCAUGAAGCACUUUGUGGACAACAUGCUGAAGGAUAUCCGGGCUUCCUACAAGUCCCGGGAAGAGCAGCUGGCUCGGGCAGCACGUGGGUACAAGAAACGCAUGAAGGACUUGGUGAAGAAGCACGAGAACCUGCUGAUUGCCUAUGGGCUCCAGCGAGAGCAGAUCCGGUCCCUGGGGAGCAGUGCUAUGGAUUGUGGCCCUGCUGAGCUCCACUUCUCCAUCUCGGACCCAGAGCUGCUCACAAACACCACCCGGGAGCUGAACCGGCUGCGGGAGGAAAAGGCGAAGCUGGAAAUGCAGCUCCAGGAACUGCAAAAGAAAGGACUGAAAGAAGCCUCUGCCUUUCCACUGCCUCCAGAGCAGCAGCUGGAUGAGGAGGGCUGGGCAGAGGUCAGGAAGCAGCUCCGGGAAUUCACACACAACACCCAGGAGGAUCUGGAGCAGGAGAGGAGCCAGCUGCUGACUCGGGCUGUCGUGGCAGAGGAGCAGGUGUUGGAGCUGCAGGAGUACAUAAAUCAGCAUCUUGCCAGGUACAAGCAGGAGAUCCUGCGGCUCAGGAACGCUGAGGGCAGCGAGGGGCCUCGUGUGCUCAGUGCCAGGGCAGCUGCUGCUCCCCCCCUGCCCAGAGCCAGGACUGCCAGCCAUGAUCCAUAGCACUCCGUGAGGAGCAGCAUCAACACAGGGAAGAGCAGGAUUCAAAGCAGGAGGUUUGUGUUCUAUGGGCUGCCAGGAAAGUAUCCUGCCCAGGCCGGGAGCGGCGAGGGAAAGCACGUGGGUGUUCCCCAUCUCGAGUUCACAGGACUAAAAUGAGACAAGACAACUGUGUCUCGUCUUUCCUCGUCUAUCCCCGGGCUGCAGGAAUUCUGCUGUUCCCUGAGCACGUCACGGACACGGGGUCAGGUUCCCAGGCAGCUCUUUAAUGCCGGGCUGCAGGGACAGGUUCCUGUUCCUGCUGUAACAUUUCUGCUGGGUGAGACCUGGACCAGAGCCCAAGGGCUGCUCCUGCCUCGCUCUCCUCCCCUCCCUCCCAGCUCCCGUGAGGCGGAGCCAAGGCUGGCUCAAGGCACUCUGAGGCUGGACAAAGAGAUGAGCUGCUCUUUACUUGUGAGGCUGGGGAGGCCCUGGCACAGGUUGCCCAGAGAAGCUGUGGCUGCCCCAUCCCUGGAAGUGUCCAAGGCCAGGUUGGACGGGGCUUGGAGCAACCUGGGCU